AUGUUCGCUGGGCGCCUCCCGCCCGGCCGCGCUGGCGGCGUCUGGGCCGAGCGAGGGCGCCUGCCGCAGGGCCUGGGCAGCUGGCCAGGCGGCGCCGCACCGCCUCGGGCGGGCCCUCUGCUUUGUACAACACAAUCCUUUCCGGGUUGCAGGUCUUUGGGUCACACGACCCUUGACGUUUGCUUCCUACGCCUAGCAGUCUGUGGAGCCGCCUACUGCAGCAUGUCCCAUUCCCCCGUUUUCUGUACGCGGUUCGCUAGGUCGAAAACCUUUUGCCUUACCGGCUCAGAUAAACUGUCGACUGAAGAAGAGCCGACAGAACUUAGCUGCUGUGCCCCACCUACUUCCCUGGUUCCCCCCGACUUUAACGAGUCCCUUAUCAUGGGUUCCCUGCUGGCCACCUAUGGCUGGUACAUCAUCUUCAGCUGUAUCCUCCUCCUCGUGGUCAUUCAGAAGCUUUCUGCCCGAUUUAGGGCCUUGAGGCAGAGGCAGCUGGACCAGGAAACAACUGUUGUGGAACCUGAUAUUAUUGUUAAACGACAAGAAGCUUUAGCAGCCGCUCGUUUAAAAAUGCAAGAAGAAUUAAAUGCUCAAGCUGAAAAGCAUAAAGAAAAACUGAGACAGCUGGAAGAGGAGAAAAGAAGACUGAAGAUUGUAAAGUGGGACAGCAUGCAGGAAGGAAAAAGCUACAAAGGAAGUGUCAGAAGGCCUCAGGAAGAAGACCACUCUGUGCCUUCCACGUCAUCAGUCCCCCCCAAACACAAGCCCGAGAGAAAGCCCUUGCGCCGAGGUGGUUACAACCCUCUGUCUGGGGAAGGAGGUGGCACAUGCUCCUGGAGACCUGGGCGAAGAGGUCCAUCCUCUGGCGGAUGAGGCUAAGCAUCUUACUAGUGUCAUCUGACAUUAGUAUCGAGCCUUCAAGUCAAUUGCCUUACGCAUACUUUUCACAGUGACUAGUCACAGAAAGGUGGGGGUUCUUUCUGUUCUAACCUGUAUUUGCAUAUUUAAGGGUAAAAUCAGCAAAAGAUAUAAACAGUGCCACUAGGCAUUAGGCCAGUGGUCAGUCUUCUUAAUGAGGACUACCUUCAUUGAGUUCCAAGUGAUUUGCUAGCCGGGAUAUAAAGUUUUCCAGAUGAUUAACAAUUUUGAGAGACAGUGAUGACCUUUAAAAUAGAAAUCCUUUCUUGAUAGAACAGUCUCUGUGACAGGUUGCGUUGAAUGAAGUCUUCCUUAUAAAUGGUGAACUCACCAGUGAGGAUUACUGAUAAAGACAAUUAAUAAGGUUUGUGUCUGUAUAUUUAUUUUUACAUAGAGAAUUUUGUAAAAAGGACACUAAAUAUUAAAAAUUCACAAAUAACAUUUUUAGCACUUUUUUGAAAUUUAAUUAUGAAUUUGAAUUUUUCUUUCAAACAUUAAACAGCUUUUAUCAUUCA